AUGGCUCAUCGAGGCCUUCAGUUGCGAAAACGAUCUGAUUCACUGAAUGACGCUAACAUUCGACGGUGCUCUACGAUCCAGAACGAUAAGGUUGGGGAAAUGACCGAAGAGCUCGAAAAAUUAUCGCUCCGACCAGAACGAAAAAAAGGAACUACUAACCGUGGCCGAUCGAACACUCUACAAUCAACAGAAAUCGAAAAUCUUUCUAUACAGCAGAAAAACGAGCACCCUAGUGGUUCCAGCAUUUUUGACCGAUUUCUAUCCACGCUCGGGUUCCACCGUACUGUUACCAUCGAAGGUGCACGAAAAACUGCUACGGAAAUUGAGAAUGGUGUUAUUCUUGAGCCUGUAGAAAAUUCGUUACCAUCCGAUGCAGAAGUGGAGAAGGAUAGCGACGAUGUGAUAGAUUAUCAACGUAUAGGUCUGUUCAGGGAGAUUGAUCUUGAGUCUGAUCAUGCUGAUUUCCUCAUCGACAUCGUGAAGUAUGCUUUUUCUAUGCAGGCUAACUAUCCAUCAACCACAGAAUCAGACUGGCGUUCAUUGGGUGGAUAUCGUACAUUCACUCUCACUAAUCUUUUUCUAAUCGAAGUUUUCUAUAGUGAACGUUUUGCUACCGAAGUUUUACCACUUGCCGCAUAUUUUGUUAGUGUAACCGUAUCGAAACGUAAGAUUCGUCGUGAUCAGUUAGAGGAUCUCUCGGUUGCUGCUAUACGAUUAGCCUCAAAAGUCGAAUCACAAUAUUCGAUGAGCACUGAUGCAUUGAUUGAUUUUGAUAUGAGAAAAUUGAACAGAAUGGAAAGGGAGAUUUGUCGAGCAACGGAUUUCCAUUUUUUGCGUUGCAGCGCCUUGUUUUUCAUGCGUAUUAUACAGAAACUUGUAGAGCGCUAUUCUUGGCAGUGGAAAUUUGCGAAGUUCGCUUCUCAGCUGGCAUGUUGCCAAGUGGAACUGGCCACCCUGAAACCAACUCUUUUAGCCGGUGUAAUAAUGCGCUUGUGUUGUCUGCUUAUUAGUGAUGAGGAUUGGCCUCAUGAAUGCUACAGUGUCCUCGGAGAGCCGAUUUCAAAUUACGAUGAACCUCAUGCAAUAUUAUGUCGACUCAUACUUACAGCCCGCAUCGCCGAUGAGUUUGCUGAGGCGUAUGCUCGAUACCAAACUAUCAUAGAACAUGCUCUUUCUCUUCGACCUGGUUGGAUUGAGAAACAAUCAACGGCGGCGAAUACAGUUAAAAUGGCUGGGAAUCUUGUAUUUGGAGAAAAAUAG